CAUGUCAAAGAAUGGAUAAUUUUUAGGUUACUUUGCGAUUGUUUUUGUUGGAGAUAAAAAUAAAAGUUAAAUUUAAUUCUAAUUAAAUGAAAAUAUCAUUAAUUCUAGGAUUACGAGUAUAACCGGCACUUCUGCCUUUAUUUGAAAGCCUUCCAGCAAUAUGAAUACACUAAUACCGCUUAGUAAAAAUAUUGUUCCAGUCGUAGCCAAUUUUUCAAAGCCCAGAUGGGAGUUAAUUUCAAGACACUAUGCAAGACCAACCAGUUUUCCGGAUUUCUUUAAGAACCCUGUGUUUAGGAAAGAAGACCAAGCCCCCCUAGUCGAGAGCGGUGAGCUCGCAACCCUCGCUAAAGCACCCUACAAGCCACCCGGAGUCUCUGAAACAUCUUCUGCUUACUAUGAUCCAUUGGUUAACAAAGUCAUAAAUCAUGUAAUGGAAAUGGGCAAAAAGAAGUUGGCCCGUUCACUAGUAGAAAAAGCAUUUGAGAACAUUAAGAGGAAACAAAUAGAGAGGUACCACCUUGCGUCUUCCGAUGCGGAGAAGGCUAAGAUUGAGUUAGACCCUAAGGUGGUUCUGCACAAAGCCAUAGAGAACUCGAAGCCAUUACUGCAGCUGACACCAGUGAAGCGUGGUGGUAUCACUUACCAGGUGCCUGGGCCGAUCACAGAGAACCGGUCAGAGUUCCUAGCCAUCAAGUGGCUGCUAGAAGCGACCAACGACAAGGAGCGCACCAUCCACUUCCCCGAGCAGUUUGCCUGGGAGCUUCUGGAUGCCGCCAACAACACCGGCAAGGUCGUCAAGCGGAAGCAGGACAUACAUCGCCAGUGCGAGGCUAACAGGGCCUACGCUCACUACAGGUGGCAGUAGAUUGGUUCUGAUUGUUAGUUAUAUAAUUUAAUAUUGUUAUACGUAUGUGCAGAUAGAAAUAGAGUUUUAAAAGAGUA